AUGCACCUCCGUAUAACAGUUCUUCUUUGUGCCAUUGUGUACGGCGUAAGCCGUAUUUCAGAGCCAGACCUGAGAGCUGUUAACUUUGCAAACGAGAUAGAAGGACAAAAGCUGAGCGGAAGCAUUAUGAGAGAAAUGGAAGUUGAUUCGGAAAUUUCUUGCCAGCUGGAAUGUGUGGACGAAGAAGGAUGUCAUUCAUAUAACUUUGGAACCAUAAAGGGCGACUCACAGAAAUUCAAGUGUCAGCUAAGCGACUCUGAUCGAUUCGCUGGAUUUGCUAACUUUACCGAGGAUAAAAAUUUCAUUUACAGAGGAAUGACGGGGGCGUGGUGGUACAAUAACUGCCAUGCUUCCAAUCUGAACGGAUUGUACCUCAAUGGCCGACAUGCCUGUUAUGCUAAUGGUGUCAACUGGAGCACAUUCAGGGGCCUAUACUACUCACUAAAACGCUAUGAGAUGAAAGUAAAAGCCAAGGAAUAA